GCAUAUGCUCAAUCUGUUUUCAGCUGUAUACCUUUUUUUUGAUUUUAUCGUAAUUUGACAAAUAUAUUGUUGUUGAUAAAUAGUCUAAAAUGUUAUAUAGGAAAAUAUAACAUAACUGUCAAGCAACAGAUAGACAUUUAUUAUAAAACUACUAUUUAAACAAAAGUUCAAUAAUGCUUGUUUCGAUUCUUGUAUUAUCACUCAGUAUAAGCAACGCUUUUGGAUGUGGAUCAAUCUUACAUACAGAAAUAGGAUAUCAGGCUCUUAACUAUUUUGGAGGAAACGAAGCGAGAUUUCACAAUAUAAUAAAAAGGCAUAAAAGUUCAUUCGAGUGCGGUCUAACGUUUCCAGAUACGUUUUACUCUGGAAUAUGUUUUAAAGGGAAAUAUCAUCAAAUCUCUGAGGAUACUCAUUGGACUCCGUUUUUAAACGCAUCCUUAGAAUAUAUUUGGACAAAGGAUCCGUAUUUAAAAACUGAGAGAUUUCAAAAAUUAACUGCAUUCCUCUUUGGGGUUUUAAGCCAUCAGAUUGCUGAUGUUUUAUGGCACAGUUUGGGUGUAAAUGAUGGAUUUAUCAGAACUAUGUCAAUGGUCAAUUUCGAUGGUAAUUACGCUAAUGCUCACACUGUUGCCGAUGCAGGGGGUGACGUAAUUGCCCUUUAUAGACAUCAGGAAGCAGCCAUAAAUCCUAUUCUUGAGUGGUAUCUUCCAUUAGAGGAUUUGAAUGAAAUCUAUAAAAUACUCUAUAAUUCAGUGAAAAUUAAUACUGAAGUGAUAUUUGCCUGUUCAUUUGAAAUGUAUAUUGAAAGAUUAGCCGAAACUGAAUUUUUAGGAAAGAUAUAUCCAGCAAUUACUGCAACAGGACCAUUCCUUCCAUCUUUCCUUAACGAUUUCUUUAUCGGAGGAGUCAAUGAUAUGGCAAUUUGGACGAAGAAAAUAUGGAAUGAUCUUGCGCUACUGCUAAAGCAGAGAAAAUGGUCUUGUAAAAUGCCCGAUAAUCCGUUGUUUAUCUCUUGCCGAAAUUCAACGAAAACUGUUAAAAGAGUAAAGACUGUUAAUAGCAAUUAUUACGAAUUUUUAAGCACUCUAAAUUCAACGUUUUAUCGAAAAACUAGUAAAAUUAUUAAACAAACUUAUGGAAUUAUUUUUCAACAUCGAAUUCUAUUAAAAAACGAAUUUACCAAGGAAAUAGUAAAGGAAAAGUCAUAUGAAAUAAAGAACAUAUUUCCAUCUACAUCGAUCUAUUCUAAUCAAACAAAUUCAGAUUUUGGAAGAGAUAUGAUAUUCUAUAAAACUCUGGGAAAUUUAUACUUAAUCGUCGGUAUUCCAUUGUUUCAUUAUGGAGAUAAUCUUCCUGUAGGCUCAAUUCAAAUAUAUAAAAUUCAACAUAAUAGUUUCGAAAAAAUGUAUACAAUAUACGGUAAAGAGGAAGGAAGCGAAUUUGGUCAUUCUAUCAUUGUUAUUGAUAUUAAUAAAGAUGGUUAUGACGAUUUAGUUGUUUCGUCUCCGAGAUCUAAACGCUUUUCAUUGAAUUAUUAUGUGAUUAUAAUUGAAUAA